ACAACUCUGGCAAGAAAGGUCGUAAAAUGGGGUAAAACCUUUGGGCUCGAUUGUGGUGGUAAGUUGAGGACUACCAGUAAUUGCAAUUUUUUUCCCUUUAAGCAGGAGUGGGGUUUGGUGAACUGUGACUGGUGCAAUUUUGGGGGGCUUCAGCAUAGUUUGGAGGCAUUGGGUGUCGAGUGGAACCCCUCGCUUGUCCUAACCGUGUUUGUUCGGCUGUUAAGCUGCGUUUCGGGGUUAAAAAUAUGGCUUUAUUUCUGGAAUCUGGCCUGUGUUUUGGAGAAGUUGGGUUUAAGCCACACACCUUCACAGCUGGUCCUUCAAGAAAAGAUUGUGUGGCCAUUUGUCUGGGGUGGUAUAAGGGCUCCUGCCUUGGACAGGGGGUUGGACUGGAUGACCCCUCAGGGUCCCUUCCAGCUCUAGGAUACUUUGAUUCAGUUCUGGGUAAGAGUCUUCACCGAGGAUCCCACCAGGCUGAAAUUAGGGCACCAGGAAGGUCAAUUGACAGGAAACUGGAAGUUUGGGAAGGAGGCCGUAGAGGAAGUGUCCAUUCUGUCUCUGGUGUGAGUCUUGUUUUUCCGGCCAGCUUAUGUUCCACAUUCCUUAGUGAAGGAUGACUAAUUGCGCUAAAGCUAAACGUGAAACCAAGUGAAUUUUCCAUCUCUUAAAUCAGGGGUCUCCAAACUUGGCAAUUUCAAGCCUUGUGGACUUCAACUCCCAGAACCCCCUAGACAUCCAUGCCUGUUUCUUUUCUCCCACUCCCUAGAGCGGAGAGAUUGCAGAGGAAAGGACCGCAAGAGAGUAAGCAGGCAUACAGUGGGGAUACGUAUCAAAAGGAAAGCGUUAUUGCCGAGGAAUUCUGGAAGUUGAAGUUCAUCCAUCUUAAAGUUGCCAAGUUUGGGGACCCCUAUCUUAAAGCUUUCCAGCCAGGCGAGAGGCCGGGCGGCCUCCGAGGCAGAGCCUCCCCAUGCCAGGGGCCGUAGCUUGUAUUAACGGCAGUUGGGUAGGAUCUGGCGGAGGCCGGGGACCCCUCCCGGCCUGAACUUGUCCCUGCCUGCACCAGAAGGGACGGUCUGAAGCGCACAACAACACCCUGCUCGCCAGGGUUCAAGACGCCCCAAUGGCGGAACCGCGCUUUAACAACACCUAUUUUUGGCCACCACCUCCCACCAUGCCGAGUCAGCUGGACAAUUUAGUCCUGAUCAACAAAAUCAAGGAGCAGCUUAUGGCGGAGAAGAUCCGCCCCCCUCAUUUGCCCCCUACCUCGGUGUCUUCCCAGCAGCCCCUGCUGGUGCCCCCCUCGCCAGCGGAGAGCAGCCCGUCCAUCAUGUCCAUUCCGAAGCUCCAGCAGGUCCCGGGGCUUCACCCCCAGGCGGUACCCCAGCCGGACGUUGCUCUUCACGCGCGCCCGGCCACCAGCACAGUCACAGGUCUGGGGCUAGGGUCCCGCACUCCUGCCGUCAGCACUUCUGAAUCCAGUACGGGGACGGGCACCAGCACCGCCUCCACGCCCACCUCUUCCAGUCAAAGCCACCUCAUCGCCUCCUCCCCCACCCUCAUCUCGGGGAUCACCAGCCCCCCACUGUUGGACUCCAUCAAGACAAUCCAGGGCCACAGUCUGCUGGGGCCCCCCAAGAGUGAGCGAGGCCGCAAGAAGAUCAAGGCCGAGAACCCGUCGGGGCCCCCGGUCCUCGUGGUCCCCUAUCCCAUUUUAGCAUCAGGAGACAUCGGCAAAGAAGGGAAGACAUACAGGUGUAAAGUCUGCCCACUUACCUUCUUCACCAAGUCGGAGAUGCAGAUCCACUCCAAGUCGCACACCGAGGCCAAGCCGCACAAGUGCCCCCAUUGCUCCAAGUCCUUUGCCAACGCCUCCUACCUGGCGCAGCACCUGCGCAUCCACCUGGGCGUCAAGCCCUACCACUGCUCCUACUGCGAGAAGUCCUUCCGCCAGCUCUCCCACCUCCAGCAGCACACCAGAAUUCAUACUGGAGACAGACCAUACAAGUGCCCACAUGCCGGUUGUGAAAAGGCUUUUACACAGCUCUCUAAUCUCCAGUCACACCAACGGCAGCAUAACAAAGACAAACCUUACAAAUGUCCGAACUGCUACCGGGCAUAUUCAGAUUCAGCUUCGCUCCAGAUCCACCUCUCGGCGCAUGCAAUCAAGCACGCAAAAGCCUACUGCUGCAGCAUGUGUGGACGAGCGUAUACUUCAGAAACCUAUCUGAUGAAGCACAUGUCAAAACAUACGGUGGUGGAACACCUCGUGAGCCAGCACUCCCCUCAGAGGACGGAGUCCCCCGGCAUCCCAGUUCGGAUAUCCCUCAUCUGAAACGCAGAGAAGGAGCCCUCCCCUUGCGUGACGGACCUUCGCAAAUGCCCGAAAUGAGAAAGGGAGCAAGAUGGAGAUCUCCGGAUUAUGCAAAACAGCCGUACUGCUCUCCCUGUGCUGUUUCCUCAGAUUUCUUGACAGUGUACAGCACUGUGCUCAGGAGGACCAAGAGACGCCCCCCCCAAAUCUGUCCCCCACCCCUCAUUCAUCCCUGAGCAACCUCGGGCCUUUGUGGAGGGGACAUGUCCUCUUUGAUGUUGGGGACAACCAAAGACAAUUCCACAGCACUUUCACCCUCCCUCGCUCGCUUCUCCAGGAGCGCCGUUUUCUGAGAUCGCGGCGUUCUGUUUUUUUCCCAUAUUCCCUCCCUUUUCUCAAUUCAGAUAAUUUUUCCCUCUCCUCCUCUCCCCUCCCUCCCAAAAAAACAUUGGCACAGAGAUUUCUUUCUGACAUGGAGCACGCAAUCCCUCUGGACUCCACCCUGAAGCCAUUGAGAGUCUCCUUGGACAAGGCACAGUACCGUGAAGUAUUUUGGUGCUAAAUUGGAAGGAGACCCGACACCCCAGAAGCAUCAAGAGAAGAGAGGCAGAGUCUGGCGGACGCAACAAUGCCACGCGCCACACGUUGUAAGGCCGAACCCAGGCACUGCUGGCACAACGUCAGGGAGAAUUAUGGGACCAUCUUGUGCGAAAAGCAGAACCAACCUCUGCUCUUUUUCAAGAGAGGGAAAGCUUGGGAAAAAUUGCAAAACUCAGCGGGAAAAUCCUGUACCUGUUGGA